AAAAAAACACAUUUUUCUUCGCUUUACUAAUUAUACACUAUUAACUUGCAUCAACAGGUAAACAAUAAAUUAUAAAAUUACCAUAUUACUUAACGUACAAUCGAUUAUGAAAAUUAAAACACGUACACUCUAUAAAUGAGAACGGCAUUGCAACAUACAAAAAAUAGUGACUGAUCAAGGAUAACUCUUUGCGCAAUAAACAUUUCUUCACAAUGCUUUUUGAAGGGAAAGUCGUGAUAAUUACUGGUGGAAGUUCGGGCAUUGGUGCGGCUACAGCAGAGCUGUUUUCUAAAGAAGGAGCAAAGGUAGCUAUAGUAGGUAGAAAUGACCUAAAAUUGAAAGCUGUAGAAGAACGAUGUACUAUCGGCAACAACAAACCACUUGUAAUCAAGGCGGACAUCACCAAUUACAGUGGAAUUGAAAAUAUAAUACAACAAACUAUACAUGAAUAUGGAAAACUUGAUAUACUCAUCAACUGUGCCGGUCAAAUCAAAUAUGCUUCUAUACUUAGUGGAAAUUUACUUCAAGUUUACGACGACAUGAUAUCAAGCAACUUACGGCCUGUAGUAAGUUUGACAGUUGCAGCCGCUCCCUAUCUUAUUAAAAAUAAAGGCUGUAUAGUCAAUAUUUCGAGCUUGGCUGGUACAAAUCGUAUAGGAGUCCCAGAGUACACACCAUAUGGAUUAUCAAAAGCUGGUGUGAGACAUUUUUCUAGAGGAGUCGCAUUAGCAUUAGCUAAUUACGGUGUCAGAGUAAAUACAAUAACUCCUGGAGCUGUCAAAACCCAAUUGUUAGAUGAUGCUCAAUGUAUUACAAAAUGGAAUGACUUCGUACGAGUAUCUGCUUUGAAAAGAAUAUCAGAGCCCAAAGAGAUUGCUGAUGUGAUCUUGUAUUUAGCGAGUGAUAACGCGAAGGGAAUUACUGGUGCCAACUUUGUUGUUGAUAACGGUAUGUUAAUUAAGAAGUAAGAGGAUAGAGAGAGAAAUGCUAUCGCAUAUAUUACGUGCGUCUCUAUAACUGCCUCGGUGGCGUAGUUAUGUUACGUGCGUGGUAUGACACUGCUCUUAGUUCCUGGGAUCUAUUCCCGGAUCGGAAAAGGGGAUAUUUGGGGCUUUCUGCUCAAUAUCAGCUCGGUGUCGGAAAUUUGUUCUCGAUAUGACGAAUGGCUCGCCUUCUAUCACAUCAUGCAACAUACAUGCCUUGGUUGCAUCUCUGCCAACCCUUUCAGGGAUUAAGGCUUGAUGUAUAUUUGGAUUUUACAUUUACUGUUACUCGACAAAUUCUGUACUCAAAUCUGUAGUAACAAUCGUAUACUUGAGGAAAACAUCGUCCUCAUUUUAGCGUCAUAAACAAAAGGAUAUACGAGUAUAAUAUUCAGAUACAGCGUAGUUACUUGACUGAAUAAUAAGAAGGUAAAAAUGUCCAAUUAAAGUUUAUUUAUUUAAAUAAGGUUCCUCAACAGUAUACACAUUAUUUAAUUAACUACAAAUUUAAAAUCGAAACACAUUCUGAUGUAUAUACUGUGUACAAAUAAAAGGAGUACACAGCAUUUACAAAUUGCACGCAUUGAACUUAUUUUAUUGUAAAAAAAAACGAAACAAGAUAUAAAAUCUACUAAUCACAAAGGGUAUUUUAAUGUUUAUAAUAUAGUAGUUAAAGCUUUGUCUUCAUUCUGACAUCUAAUUUAGUUUAGCUUUAAAUAUUUGUCUGUUACAAUAAUUGUGUGCUUAUGAAAUAAGAAUUGAUUUUUAAAUCAUUCUGUAAAAC